UACUGCAGAAUGCCAUGGUAUUUCAGAGCUAUGCAAUUCUAUAUCGGACUGACAGAAACAUCCCAGCCAGCGACCCAUCCUCGUACAAAGGGGUGGCUUUGGGGGGGCAUUGGAGCAGGAGCAAUACAGAGCCUAAUUAUCAGCCCUGUGGAAUUGGUGAAAAUCAGAAUUCAAUUGCAAAGCAAAACCCAUCAGCAGAACAAGCAAACAACUAGUCUCAAGAGUCCAAAAGAUGCCACAAGAAGAAGAAUCAAACAGGAAGGUUGGAGGGGAAUCUACCGGGGAUUAACCAUUACUGUCCUAAGAGAUUCACACUCUCAUGGUUUGUAUUUCUGGAUAUACGAGUAUACAAAGGAGCAACUUCAACCUUGCUGUCACAAGAACGGCCAAGAGAGCUUUCAAACAACGCUCAUAGCAGGAGCUGUUAGCUGGAUAAGCUGCUAUCGCCUAGAUGUUGUUAAGACCAGACUCCAAGCUCAAUCACAUGCAAAAUACAGUGGUAUUGUUGAUUGCUUCAGGCGAAGUGAUAAAGAAGAGGGACACGCUGUGCUCUGGCGAGGUUUGGGAACGACUGUUGGCAGAGCAUUCCUACUGUAUGGGGCUAUAUUCACUGCCUAUGAAACUGCUCUGAGGUACCUUUUCAACAAGGGUGACAAUUAUCAUGCAAACGCUCAAUCUGGAAAGGCAUUAUGAAACAGGAGUAAAGAACUGCUCCGUAAAGUGCAUCAACUCCUUUGGUUGGCAUAACUUAGAGCUCUGAAACACUGAUCAUUCACUAUAACAGCAGUUAUUUAGCCAAUGCCU